CAGUUUUGCAGAGAUUUGUCGCAUAUUUUGCUGACAUAUCGUCGCCCAAGACAUCGGAUCCGUUGCACCGACGCGAUGGCCACUCAAGCGGUGGUCGUAUUAGGCGGAGGAAUAAGUGGUCUUUCGUGCGCUUAUUAUCUGCAAAAGUUUUGUCGCCAUUUGACGGCCUUUCAGAAGAUUAUUGUUUUGGAGAGCAGUUCCCAUUUGGGCGGUUGGCUUAAGACAUGCGAACUCGAUGACGGUGUGAAGCAUGAAUUAGGACCAAGGACAUUGCGAUCGGCCACUAACCAGGGAUACAAUGCACUCACUCUCGCCGAAGACAUUGGUCUGACGGAUGAGAUCUUAGCGACGACUUCUAAGUCAAAUGUUGUCAAAAAGAGGUUCAUUUUAGUGGACAAUGAAUUGGUAGCACUUCCCACGAAACUCAUAGACUUAUUCCGAAAACGGAAACCUUUUUCGAAACGAUUGAUAUCUUAUGUGAUAAAAGACUUAAAGACACCGAAACUGGAUUUAAGUCAAUAUGAAGACGAUAUCAGUGUUUAUGAUUUCGCUGAAUACCGCGUGGGCUCAGAGGUCGCCAAUUACUUCUUCGACCCCUUAUGCAGAGGAAUAACUGCCGGAAACUCCAAGAAGUUGUCUAUUAUGUCAUUAUUCCCUCAGUUGCUUCGCGCCGAACAAGAGUCCGGAUCUUUUAUUAUGGGAUCAGUUCUCAACACUUCCAGAGACAGCACUCAGAUGUACGCGAGUCCUCUCGUUAACAAAGCGAUGGCUAACCAUUGGAGUACUUAUACCUUCAGGGGUGGCCUUCAAGCCCUUCCUAAUCGGUUGUGCGACCAUAUGUUAUCACUGAAAGGAAGUCCUAUUGAGAUAUAUAACAACUCAACUGUCAAUACAAUUAAGUUUAACGAGACCUCAAAGUCAUCUGUAAUUACGAUAACGACUCCCGAAGAUAAUAACAUCGAAAUAGAAGCGCAACAUAUCUUCUCAUCGCUUCCGGCGUACAGUUUAGCCAAAGUUUUACCCAAAGAUUACAGCGAUUUGUCUGAAGCCCUAAAUGCCAUAAAGACUGUGAAUAUGGCUGUCGUUAAUCUCGAAUUUAAAGGCAAAGUAAUGGCCGACGACUCCGGCUUUGGAUUUCUGGUGCCGUCCUGUGAAGACUCCAAGAUAUUGGGAAUUGUCUUCGACUCAUGUGUCACUCCAGAGUUCAAUGCCGGACACGACAUCACAAGACUUACGGUAAUGAUUGGCGGCGAAUGGUUUGAAGAGAUUUUGGGUGAUGUGGACACUGUUGACGAGCAAACAGUUCUUAACAUUGCCUUAGAAUCUGUUCGUUUGUAUCUCAAAAUAGACUCGAAACCCAUUCGACAUAUUGUUACCAUAAAUCGGAACUGUAUUCCUCAAUACCAUUUGGGACAUCAACAAAGAAUUCAAAGAAUUGAUGAAUUAACUAAGAAGUAUUCAAUGAAUAUGACAUUAAUCGGCGCCUCCUAUCAGGGCUUCAGUGUUCCCGACUGUAUAUACAACUCAAAGUUGGCGGCAGAAAGUUAUUCCAAUGCCAUCAAAGGUGUCACUUCUCAACCACAACCAGAACCUAGUCUUGAAAGGAAUCAAUUGAAGCAAUGAUUAAUUCAGUGAUUAAUAGGAUUAUGUUUAUAUGAAUAAAAUCGAUUACUUAUGAAUGCUAGCAAAUUAAUCAAUAUACUAUUUAUGAAUUUAGACCUGUAAAUCUUUCAAUGUUUAUAAUUUUAUAUACCCGUAAGUAGUGUAUACUAUACACUGUAUAGUUUAGAACUUAGG